AACUUCAGACAACACACUCUCUCCCAACUCAAAAGCAGUGAAGUUGGAAUUACCUUGCAGCCAGGCAAUUGAGUUCAUUUGGAAAGAUAAUAGUCCUGCUGUAAGAAGCAACUGCUACAUACUGCUGCAUCUGGGCAGUGAUUCCUCCCCCCCACCCUGGUAUGUCGUGGCACCCAAAGUACCACAGCUCCAAGUUCCGCCAUGUGUAUGGCAAAGCCGCCAGCAAGGACAAGUGCUACGACUGUGUGCCCAUCACCCACAACGUCAACGACAACCACUUCUGCGCCGUGAACCCCAGCUUCAUCGCGGUGGUGACCGAGUGUGUGGGCGGCGGCGCCUUCCUCGUCAUCCCCAUCAAGCAGACAGGCAAGCUUGACCCACAUUAUCCCAAAGUAUGUGGGCACAAAGGAAAUGUUCUUGACAUCAAGUGGAACCCAUUCAAUGACUUUGUAAUAGCUUCGUGUUCAGAAGAUGCCACAGUUAAAAUCUGGGACAUCCCCAACCAGUUGCUAAAAGGAAACAUUACCACUCCGAAGAAAGAACUAAUUGGGCAUGCUCGAAGAGUCGGUCUGAUUGAAUGGCAUCCCACGGCUGAUAACAUCCUCUUCAGCUCUGGCUAUGACUACAAGAUAAUGAUCUGGAACCUUGGUGUCUCGGCUGCUGUUCUUUCAAAGCCAGUGAAGAUUCUUGAUGCUCACAAAGAUGUGGUCCUCUCCAUGUCAUUCAACACAGAUGGCAGUCUCCUUGCCACUGCUUGCAGGGACAGAAAGAUACGUGUGAUAGACUCUCAUGCUGGAACGGUCCUACAGGAAGGAAACUACAAGUCUCACAGAGCCAGUAAAGUCUCAUUCCUUGGAAACAUGAAAAUGCUAUUUUCUACUGGAACAUCUCGGUGGAAUAAUAGGCAAAUUGCAUUAUGGGAUCAAAAUGACCUUUCUGUGCCUUUACUAGAGGAGGAUCUGGAUGGCUCCUCAGGACUGCUGUUUCCCUUCUAUGACUCUGACACACACAUGCUUUACUUGGUGGGAAAGGGUGACGGAAACAUACGGUACUAUGAGAUAAGCCCUAAGAAGCCAUACCUGAGCUACCUGAUGGAAUAUCAUUCUCACUUACCACAGAAGGGAGUUGGAGUGAUGCCAAAGAGAGGUCUUGAUGUGGCAGCUUGUGAAAUUUUCCGUUUCUACAAACUAAUACCAACUAAAAGCCUGAUUGAGCCCGUCUCCAUGAUUGUGCCUCGACGGUCGGAAUCAUACCAGGCAGAUAUCUACCCUAUGACUGCAGCAGCCCAACCGGCACUGACAGCAGAAGAAUGGCUCACUGGGAUUAACAAAGGGCCUCUCUUGGUAUCUUUGAGACCAAAUUCUGAAGGUGUGAAGUCCCUACCACAGUGUCUUGAGCCGGAGUCCCCCAUAGGAGCCACUGACCUGAGCCAGCAGCAGGAAGCACAAGGAAGGAUGUCACUGGAGGACAAGGAGAUGCCAAGAGAGAUUGAAAGUAGGAGAAAAAGGCAGAAAGUGGAUGAGAGUCUGCCAGAAAAUGAGCAAAUAUCCCUCUUCAAUGGCUUUGACAUAUUUGAGCGUCCACCACCAAAAACUGAAAGUGAGCUUUUACAGAUGUAUUACCGGCAACAGGAAGAAAUCCGUCGACUGCGUGAGUUGGUAAUCCAGCGAGAUAUCCAAAUUAAACAGAUGACACUGCAGUUCAGAAACCUCCGCCUGGAUACAGACAAUUAAUGAGGUUGCUGGCCUACAGCUCUUUGUACCCCUGGACACAGCAGGAGUCUCCAUUUCCUGCAGAUAACUCCUAGAUUUUUUACUGGGGAUAAAAUUGAUAUUUCAGGCAGCAUGGACUUCCCUGGCUUGUGGUGGUCACAUUUCCCUAAUCACCAUACAGUUUUUGAUGGACUUGCUGCGCUCCUUCAGGCUCCCAUUGCUUACCUGCUCACCAAUGUCAGAAGCUUGUGUAUUAAUGCUAGUGAGACACUCUGGAAAGUCUUGCUCUUUUGGUCCUGGAGAAGUUACAUGUUAAGCUCUAGGAAUGACCUGUUUUGCUGCCCCUCCCCUGACAGGAGAAUGGGAGGCUGAAGGCAGCUACCAGCUUCUUUUCUUGCCCUGGGGCCCAGCAAUGUGGCUCCUGUGGCUACUGACCCCUUGCUCAGGCAGUCAGCUCUGCUGAGCUCCAGAGGCCCCUCUUAGCUUCAAAGUGAUCCUUAUGCACCCCUCUCACCUCACAGCUUGGCCCUGCCCCCAGGUGGUUCAGGAAAGCUGUGGAUGCCCUGACCUGGUGCUGGGGAUAAAACCAUUCUGGGGGCUGCACUGGGGAUGCCAAGGGCCAGCACUCUUGUGAUGUGAAAAGGAGAGUUGGUGUUGGUUGUCCUACAUUAAAAAGGUCAUGGUGUGGGCUAGUUCUUACCAGAGAAGCUGAAGAGUCUCUCUGUCAUGUGAGUUAGUGGCCUUCUUUCCCUUCUUCUGCCAAAGACCAGCUGCAGUCAGCUGGGGGUUAUCAGAGAUUGAGAACAACAUUUAAAGCUGCAAGGUGUUGACAGUGGGGGAAUUUGCUAAGAGGGCUUAAAAGAAUGAGUGGAGAGUUGGAUCAAAGAACACUGAGAGCAGCCUUGCAAUGCCACUGGCCUUUAACUGCCUCAGCACACUUGGGUCAAACUCAUCUGGUUCCACAAAUGUGUACAAACAGGAUGUUGAAGCAUACCUUAACCUGCUUCUCCCUGUUUUGAUCCUCCCUAAUCUGCCCCAGGCCGCUGCAGGCAUUUCAGCAAUGGUGCUAGAAGUGUUGUGUCAACCACAAUAAGAUCACAGGGCUGUGGCCAGUCAUGAACAGCCCUCCAGGACUGCUGGAGUAUCACUUGUCCUUAAUGCCUGCAGUUGCUGCUUCCCUUCACUCCCAGGUGCCAGCACUUUGUCCCACUCCUGCAGCUGUCUACAGCUGCAGGUUCCCUUUUGCCAGCUGUAUUGUGCAGCCCCCUGCAUCCUCCUGUGGCCACAUUGAUCUGUGCCCUUCUGCACCAGCUCUCUGGCUCAAUGCUGGACCUUACGGAGAUGUCUUAAACCCAGGCAGAGCAAGCAAACACUGUUUAAUCUGUAACUGUGCACCUUUGUUGUGGCACAUAGAAAUCAUGGAAUCAACUAGGUCCAGGGGAUACGUCUAGGACACAUCCUUGUCACCAGAUGUGUUUUACUGGCUGCAUUUUCUUUUGCUUUUUGUUAUUUUCAUAUGAAAUAAAUUAUUUAAAUUA